AUGCACAACUCUCUACCCCUUCCUGGCAAUCCAAGUUAUCUUCACCCCCGGGAGCCCCCUGGGCCCCCAAUCUCCAGCCCCAUUCCUUCUCCCACCAUUAAAACCACCUCCUGGCCCCACGAUGGAGGCCAGGCGCGGGCCGGGGGUGCGGGACUGGGUCCCCGGCUCCGCCCCCGCGCCAGCCCGCCUCCAGACGCCCCCUUCGCGUUACCGCGCCUCAGCCCCCCGACUUCUCCCCGCCAACUACCCGGCUCCUUUGUUGCUCUAGCUCGCUUGGCUCUCUGGAAUGCACGGGCCUCGCCGAGCCAAGCCCGCCCGUCCCCCACCCCCCGGUUGAGGGAGGGACUGGCCGAGGGAGGGAAGAGGAGGGGAGGGAUGCGAGAAAGGAGGAGCUGGAGCUUCAAUGUCCCGGGCGCCUGGAGAGGCCCAGGCCAGGGGGCUCCGGUGACCUCGCCGCUGCCUCGGGGCACAAGAUGGGUGGAAAUCGGAAAUCGUGGCCAGUAG